UUAUUAAUAUAGGUGAUGCAAUAUUCGCAUGCUUCUUUUAUCAGUAAAUGUCGAACGCCAAAUUUGUUUGAAACAAUACACCUCUGAUGUCCUCAAUGAUAAUUCCAUUACAAUGGCUUAACAAAAAAAGAUGAGUACAUAUUGCAAAAUAAACGAUAAAAUAACUUUAGAUAUCACAAUAUUUUCGAUGUUUAUAAUACGAAAAAUACUAAAUAAAUCAGUAUCCUUCGAUCAUUUAACUUGUGGAUGCUAUUUCUAAUGCAAAACUACCCAAUUUGACUUUAUUUACCCACAUCGAUAUUCCACCAACGUAUAUUCAAAUUUCAGUGGUCAGGCCACCAUGAGGUCAUUUUUAUUAAGAUUGAGCAUCAUCCUUCUGACACAGUCGUACAAUUUAUCUGAGAGUGCAACCUCCGAAUGUACGCUAACUGGUAAUUCUCUGGAAAAUCUAACUUCAAUAUUGACCACAUGCCAAGAGAUAUCGAUAGCAAAUCUUCAAGUACCCGCUGGAGAAACGCUCGCUUUAUACGCUCAAAAUGAUUCAAUCAUAACUUUUGAGGGAUGUAUUACAUUCGGAUAUAAAGAAAUGACUAAUUUUCUAGUAAUCAUUCACGGGAAUAAUAUCACAGUUAUUGGAGCUCCGGGACAUUUAAUUGAUGGUGAUGGAGCCAGAUGGUGGGAUACUUUCGGUAGUAAUGGUGGGAGAAAAAAGCCUAGGUUCAUUCAGUUUCAGCUUAAAAACUCAUUGGUCAAAGGGUUGAACGUAAAAAAUAGCCCGCAGCAUUGUUUUUCAAUAUUUGAGAGUGAAAAUGUGAUCCUAACUGACAUCACAUUUGACUGUUUGGAUGGCGACACACAAGGAGGUCAUAAUACGGACGCAUUCGGCACAGGCUAUUCAAAGAAUGUAACAAUUACGAAUAGCACCGUCUAUAAUCAAGACGAUUGUUUCGGCAUAAAUUCUGGAAGUGGCCACGUCUUUACAAAUAAUUUCUGCUACGGAGGUCAUGGAAUAUCAAUUGGAUCUGUAGGAGGACGUGAAAAUAAUGUGGUUGAAAAUAUUCUUAUAAAAAACAACACAGUUGUGAAUUCUGAAAAUGGAAUUCGUAUAAAAACGAAUUACAAUACCACAGGCAUUGUAAGAAACAUUACUUUUGAAGAUAUCACUAUUGAAAAUAUUACCACGUAUGGUUUUCUUGUUCGUGGUGAUUAUCGGAACGGUGGAUCGGCUGGAAAACCCUCACCUGGAUUCGAGUUAUCCCAUUUAACUUUCCGAAAUAUUCAUGGUACAGUCCAAAGUGGAGGAACUAACGUGUACAUUUUUCUUGCUGAUGGAGUUGCUUCAAAUUGGACAGUUGAAAAUAUUAAAAUUGUUGGUGGACAAAGACGUGUUCGGUGUUCAGGAAUUCCUAGCGAUAGCAACUUUUCCUGCGAAGAACAAAACGGUGGCACUAAACAAUAUCUUUAAUUUUUCUUAUUAAGUAUUAAUAUUUUUAGUUGUUCUGAGAUAGUGCUUUUACUUGUAUGUAUACAUAGAUAUAUGUCUAACUUUGCUUUUGAUCCCGAUUUUCAGCAACGAGAAGAAAAAUACCUUUAUCUCACAA